CUCUUGGGAAAUGAAGUCUUUUAGUUAUUAUUUUUUCCUAUUUUUCGAAGAGCUUACCGUUCACCUGAAUACAGGCCCGCGCAUCUCGAAGGAUCCAGGCUCUCACUGUUGGCCACGGAGCCAAGCUUUCCUCAGUUGUGACCGUAGGUCUUGGCAUCUCGAGGAGAUGGCUUCUCCCUCUAGACAGCCCCCACUCGGGGGGUCAGGGCUGCUGCAAGGGAGCCGUGCUCGUUCUUAUGGAAGCCUGGUACAAUCGUCCUGCUCCCCAGUGAGGGAAAGACGCCUGGAGCAUCAGCUGAAGCCUGGAGAUACCCUGGCUGGACUAGCUCUCAAAUAUGGGGUGACGAUGGAACAGAUUAAGCGCACAAACCGCCUUUAUACUAACGACUCCAUCUUCCUGAAGAAAACCCUCUACAUUCCCAUCCUGACAGAGCCCAGAGACCUGUUUAAUGGUUUGGAUUCUGAGGAGGAAAAUGAUGGAGAGGAGGAGGUACGACCCAGGAAACAUGGUGCUGGUUCACUUUCAGGGAAGAGGAAGAAUCAAGAGUCCGGAUCAGGCCGGGCCAAUGGCGAAGCCCUCCCGCCACACCAGGAAACCUCCACACCCAUCCAUGACCUUUCUGCCUCUGAUUUCCUUAAGAAGCUCGAUUCACAGAUCAGCCUAUCAAAGAAGGCUGCUGCCCAGAAGCUGAGGAAAGGGGAAAGUGGGGUCCCUGAGGAGGGCACAGGGCUCCACCUCGGCUCCCCUAGGACGCAGCAGCGAGCAGUGCUCGGUCCGGUACCACUGACCCGGACCUCCCGGACCCAAACACUGCGGGAUCAGGAGGAUGAGAUCUUCAAACUCUGACGGUACCACUGACCCGGACUUCCCAGACCCAAACACUGCGGGAUCAGGAGGAUGAGAUCUUCAAACUCUGAUGUCCCCGGACUGAUGCGAGAAGCAGGCUGGGAAGGAACAGUUGAGCGGGGAGGUGUCUAAGGUGAGGCUCAAAAGCAGAGCUUCCCAGCCUGCCUCAUUCCUCUCCCGCCAUCUUGCCCAGCUCUGUCAAGAUUUCCUCAGCUGGGGACACUUUUUGCCAAGAGUUGGGAAUGGGAACAGAACUCUUCCCAGUUCUUGGGCUGAAUCUAGCAUUGUGCUUUAGAUUCAAAGGCUCCUUUACAGCCUUACUGUCUCUCCCACCACUCCGGGUCAGAGCAGGGAGCAGAGGACCCCCACCCCCAUCUUAAAUGACGUUACCUAAUUUAUUUGGUGCUAUAUUGAAGUAAUAUUUAUUUGCUAUAUCUAACUCCCUCCUCCUCUUAACUGAAAUAAUGUGAUUUCUGUAUCAUUGAAGAGAGGGAAAGCCAGAGCCGGGAGUGGGCGGCUUACCCUUCCCGCCUCUCGCCUCCCGAGGGCGGCUUACCCUUCCCGCCUCUCACCUCCCUAGUGAGCAUGCUACUGAGGCCAGGAGAGUCAGUGACACUCACCAGAGACUGGUGGACUGGACCUGCGCCCAAGGUCGGGUCCUAAGUGAGCAGUCCCUCUAACUCUUGACAGUUCUUGGCUCUGAGAGGAAGCAGUGGGGCGGGGUACUGACAGCCUCCCAGUCCACCCCUUCACCUUCUUCCCUCUCCUGCUGGGCUAAGGGGUGGAAGAGGAUGCCUUGGGGUGCAGGAGGCAGUUGCAGAGCACACCCCAGCCUGCCUAUGUUCCUCACCUCGUAUCUCUUUGUAAUCGGUAGACCCGAUCUGCAGUACAGUGUGUCUUUGUUCCUGAAGUUGAAGAAUAGGCAUAGCAGCUCAGUAGUACUGGAGGCUGCCUGCUUCUGUUCCCAAGUGGGAACCGGCGAGAUGAGUCCUCGCCGCUAUGUCCAGCCUGAGUGUGGAGCUGGGGAGAUUAAACAGUGACCCCUGCG